CCCGGUUAUGGCAUUUUUCUUUCCCAGACCAAAUUUUAACACCUGGAUCCUGAACUGGGUGUUCAUUUUAGCUGUGUACAGAACAAUGAUAAGUUGAAGAACUAUCUCUGAUCAAAAAUGUGAAGGAAAAUGUAAAAAUCCGGAUAAGAGGAGGCAGUAAUCGGAUUAGGUGGUGGCGUCCGGUACGGCUCUGCUCCUCCCUUCUCACUACAGUGAACAGUUCGUUGUUCAGACCGGGAGGGAGAACAUCGUUUUAUUGGCCUCUUAAGCUAGUGUUCGUUUAUCCGAAUAUAUUUAAGAACAGAAGGAAACAAUAGCCGUUACAUGUUAAGCAGCCGGUUGUUACUGUAAUAAGACAUCUGAGUGGAACUAGACUGUCUUAUACACUGACAAUAUGUCAGAUCCAGCAUUGCCGGUUUACGGAAGUGACUUGCAUUACUCUACUAAUAUCAAUUGUGUUUCAUCUUCCACCAGUACACGUAACACCUCAGCAACAUCGUAUAUUAACUCUGAGAACGCUACGGAUGGGCAGGUGGGUCCUCUCGUUUAUCCGAAUUCUGGACAUAAUGCUUCUUAUCUGAAUAUGGGGAGCGGGUGUGACGAGGCGGCGAAUGGCCGGAUUAAAGCAGGGUUGAACGUGAGGAAGAAGAUGCCGGAUAAGAAGAAAUCCGGAUGUGUUGGAGUGUUGAUUAAGGAGGAGAGAGAACACCGGCCAACCAACUUAUCCGGACCACCUACCCAUGAUAUACCAGUCAUCAAGCGGAGACGUACGGUACUGUCCAUCGCCGAAAAGGCUGAAUUAAUCCGUCGCCUCCACAACGGAGACUCACAGAGACAAUUGGCCCUUGAAUAUGGUAUUGGCACCUCCACUGUCUCCGAUGUCAAGAAACACGAGGCGGAGAUCCUCAAGUAUGUGGAGACCAACGGAGACUUCGUGGCCAUGACCAGAAGAAAGCUUGAAUCGGGUGCUAAGGCCGAUGUGGAAGAAGCUGUCUUCGAUUGGCUUGUUCAGGAGAUGCGUGGUGGAAAGAUGAUGACAGGAACAGCAGUCAUGGCUAAGGCACGGCAAGAACACUUCAGGUUGCGAGGUAACGAAGAAUUCCGUGCCAGUACGGGCUGGUUGGAGAGGUUCAAGCGGCGUUACAAUAUCCGUUUCUUCAAGCCUGAUGAGGUGGACUUAUGGCGACCCAUCAUCUCCAGAGUAUCGCAGGAGGAUGUACUGAAGGCGGGGCGAGGCAAGCGCAGAAGAAGACCUCCCACUGCUAGACAAGGGGGAAACCUGAAGCUAGGGAAGAGGAUAAGAAAGGGAAGCACUCUAGCCUUCAUUGAGCAUGUCUUAGAGGGAUCUUCGCCUCCAUCAGUGAAGUCAGAAGUAGAAAACCCCGAUGAUUAUGAAUACACAGAGGAGCAACUUGAUGGAGACUUAUCUCCGGGAAGCCACAGCACCAUACAACCACUAGUCAGUCUAGAGGAAGGUAAAAUAGCCUUAGAUAUUCCUCCAGUGCAGGAGAUACCAUCUGCAGGCGAGACAGUCAGUUUGUUGUCGAAGGCGCUGGUGUGGGCCGCAGCGCAGCCAGACACCACACCACAAGAACUAUUUGUAAUGAAGCAGUUACAGACGAGAGCAGCUGCCAGAAGUAUGAUGCACAAUUCUCACUGACAGCAGCUGUAUAAUCCUCCGGGUUUAGCGCUUCCCCCUUGAUUAUAAUAAUAAUAAUAAUCACUGACAGCAGCUGUCAGCAGUAUCAUUCACACUUCUCACUGACAGCAGCUGUCAGCAGUAUCAUCCACACUUCACUGACAGCAGCUGUCAGCAGUAUCAUCCACACUUCUCACUGACAGCAGCUGUCAGCAGUAGUUAGUUUAAUAUGUUUAUUAUGCACCCCAUACCCAUCCUGUGGGCGGUAGUCAAAAGAUUACAGAGGUACAUAAUUGGUCCAGGGACUGUCAGCGUCAGCAGUAUCAUCCACACUUCUCACUGACAGCAGCUGUCAGCAGUAUCAUCCACACUUCUCACUGACAGCAGCUGUCAGCAGUAUCAUCCACACUUCUCACUGACAGCAGCUGUCAGCAGUAUCAUCCACACUUCUCACUGACAGCAGCUGUCAGCAGUAUCAUCCACACUUCUCACUGACAGCAGCUGUCA